CAGUGUCAAUGUCAAAGGAAUUAACUUCUUGUUCUUGAAUAAAAAUUAUAGUCGUUCUUGAUCAUCACCUAUAAAUUUUUCUUUUAAUGUUAUUAGCCGUAGUAAUUCUAUAUACAAUUAUAUUUUAAAUUACAGCGUCACUAAUCUUACCGUUGCCAAAUAAUGGUUUAUGGUUAACUACCUACGUAACAAAUACCAGGUCAUUUAAAAUAUUGGACCUGAACAUCUCUUGCGCAAAAUGGAAAUUUUAGAAAGAAUUUAUCAUAACAUAACACGACAGUUUAACACUUUACCGGCAACAGUCAAUAAAACGGUGGACACAGUUAAUAAGUCCCUAAAUCAAGUGAGAAUACCUCCAUUUACAAAAGAAAAUGUGUUAUAUUAUUAUUUGCCCAUACAGGGACUUGUUAGUUACACAACAUUGUCGGUGGGUGUGAUGAAUCCCCAUCUGAUGGUGAGAUUGUUUCCACGUAGAGAUAUAACAGAUGUAUUAUUUCUCUCUGCUGGAGGUGGCGCUGGACUGUGGCUGUGGGCAAGGCCACAUUUAGCAGCUGCAGCUCCUGCAAGACGAUUUUCAUGGGCAUUCCUAGGAGGUUGCCUCUGGCCUCUUGGUUCUAUAUUCCUUUGGGCAAUACUAAGAAGCUCAAUUGGCCAAAGACCUGUUCUUGGCACGAUUCUUGGAGUUACCACUGGAGCAAUGCUCACAAAUAUAGCAUUAGAUUACUUUAGCUAUGUUGAACUAAUGUUCUGCGGUGAAGUACGAUUACCUGACGACACAUAUAGCCCAAACAGUGAUGAUGAAAAAUAUGAUAUUGAUCUGUAGUAUUUUUAUUAUUAAAAUGAGCUUUUUACAAAAUAUUAAACCACAUUUUUGAAAUAAAUCACAUCUAUUUUAUAAUUCCAAGUUACAUUAGUGCUUACUGUUGGUGUAUUUUAUUUUAUUAUAGCAUGUACUUAAAAUUAUUGUUGUAUCAACUAUGUUUAUACAAAAAGACAAAUUGUGCGAUUGUGGACAUUAAUUUUGUGAAUAUGUAUUGUGAUUGGACAUGUGUAACCAUGUAAAUUAUUAAAUUAAAUUAUUUCCUUCUGUUAAAA